AUGGCUGACUUGGAUCACAACCUCAGUCUUGCGGAUGCUCUGACAGAGCCACCUCCCGAGAUUGAGGAAGAAGUGAAAAGGGACUUCAUUGCCACUCUGGAAGCAGAGAAAUUUGACGAUGUGGUUGGAGAAACAGUAGAUAAAACAGACUAUGUUCCUCUGCUGGAUGAUGACGAUGCAAAACCUGGGAGCCAGGAACCAAAAAGCAAGCCCCACGCAGACGGUAUUCAGGUGGAACAUAAUUCAGCUUCUGGGCCAACAGUUGUAGAAAACGGUGACCACGGAAUAGAAGAUCACCGCCCAGUAUUCCCAGGAGAAAUCAUGGAUGAAAAGCUGUCUUACAAAGAAUUUCUGGAUCGCAAUGACUCCUGGACAAUGGAUGACAGAGACCUGUGCUUUGAGUCCCAGCCCGUGUUCAAGCCCAUGGAGAUGGCUGACCCCUUCAGCAUGCACAGAGCAGAGAACCUGCCUGAUUUGUCGUUUCCUACUGACAUGAAGAAUGUGCCGCUGUUCAUGGCCCAUGCUGAUGCUUCCAGAGACAUCCAUGCACCACAUGGACCUAUGAUGGUACCUGAACAACCUUUCCUGGGGCCCCUGUAUUCUCCUGCAGAGGCUCUCGACCCAUCAGCCUUCAUUGGCCUGGAUUCAACUGCAGAAUUUCUGCAAGACAAAGCAGUGCCUGAAGAACACUGGGUGGGAGCGCAGCAUGACGUGAAGGGACCGGAUGCCUCUUUCUUUGUUGAGCCACCAGUGCCCCCCGCCGUGACUGAAGCAAUAAAGCCGAAUCUACCGGAAAGCCCUGCAGCGCUGGCUCCUGGUUUUGUUCCUGCUGCAGUGACGGCGUCCCCAGGAGAGCCUGAAGCUACUGACGGACCAAAGGGGGGAGCAAGUGCUGAUGCAGCCGGUGUUCCUGCCUCGGAUGUCCUGUCCGUUUCUGCAGAAAAAGCUGGGUCUGUUCUUGCAGGAGACACCAAGCCUCCGCAAGCUCUGGACGCUGGAUUUGCAUCUGCAGCAGGAGCCAGCCCUCUCCAGGCUGUGGAUGUUGGGUUUGCUCCUGCACCAGAAACCAAACCUCCUAAUGCUGUCCAUGCUGCGUCUGCCCCAGUGGUGGGUACUGCCUUCAGCCCAGCAGCAGACGCUACAUCCCAUUAUGCUAUGGAUUUGGAGUUUGCCCCUGCUGGGGAUCUGGCAUUUGCUCCAGCGGCAGAUGUGGAAUCUCACCGUGCUGGGGAUCUGGCAUUUGCUCCAGCGGCAGAUACGAAAUCUCACCGAGCUGUGGAUUCUGAGUUUGCGGCCGCAGCAGCUGCAGAGUUUGCCCCUGCAGCAGAAGUCAACCAUCAUCAUGCUAUGGAUUCUGGGUUUGCUCCUGUAGCAGAAGCCAAGCCUCUUCCUGCCAUGGAUUCUGGGUUUGCCUCUGCAGAAGCUAAGCCUGUCUCUGCCGCUGACACCAAGGUUGCUGCACCUGAAGAGCUGAUGGCAUCCAAGUCUUCUCGCGAGCAAGACAAGUCGCCCUUCGAGAAGCCUCUGGCGGAAGCAACAGCAACUGUGGAACAAGAAUCGAAAGCCGCAGAAGCUUGUGUGGGUCUGUUAGCGAACGCUCAAGAGGGCGCAGCCCCUCCCAGCCGCCACGAAGAGCAUCGUCCAGAAGAGACGAACCACCUUUCAGAACCUUCAAUUCCAGUAGAAGCAAAAGAAGCCGUUGCACUAGAAAAGAAAGACCUCCUUCCAGAAAAACCUGUCACUGCUGUGGAUGUUCCUGUUACAGAGAAACAAAAGGAGGAGGCUGAACACAACCAUGUCCAACAUGCAGAACCUCAGCAAGAGCAAACCCUGCAAGAGCCCCCAGCAAAACCAGAAGAGACCAAACCAGCUGAAGCUGUGACAGGGAACGAUAUCACGGCACCUCCCAACAAAGAGCUGCCUCCCAGCCCUGAGAAGAAGACAAAGCCUGCCGCAUCCACAUCCUCUGCAAAGCCUGCAGCAACGAAAGCCAGGCCCCUGUCCGCUACCAGCCCCAAGCGGCCAGCCUCUGCCACGCCUGGCCCAAACAAAAAACCCACGAGCCCUACUGCAGGUCCUACUCCAGCCACUACUACUAAACGCCCAGCCACCAGUACUACACGUCCCUCCACCUUAACUCCAAAAGAGACUAAACCAAAGGUCGCAGAUGGGAAGACCACAGAUAAGCGGACCUCACUUUCAAAGCCUCCAUCAUCAUCUGCCACUCCCAAAUCCACUGCCAGGAGCACCCCUGCUACUCCUAAGACAACGGCGGCAUCGCCAGUCACUGCAGCUGCUGCUGCGAAAAAUACUGCUACUUCUCCCCCGAAGAGGCCAACAUCUAUCAAGACUGAUGCAAAGCCUGCAGAUGCCAAGAAGACCUCUGCGAAGUCACCCUCAGCAGACUUGAGCCGCCCGAAGAGCGCUACUGGAAAUGCAGUAAAAAGUAGUGCCACCACUCCUUCUACCACCGCCUCCAGCGCACCUACCUUACCUGGAGUAGCCACCAGUCGUCCCAAAACCAAGCCUGCCGCAACCAAACCCACCACAACCUCAGCCCCGACAGCAGAUGCUAAAAAACCAACUGCGAAGGCUCCGACUAAAGCCAGCACUGUUUCCAAGCCACCUCGCCCGACCAGCAGCGUUUCUGCUCCAGAUCUGAAAAAUGUACGUUCCAAAAUCGGAUCAACAGAUAACAUUAAGCAUCAGCCUGGUGGAGGAAAGGGGAAAGUAGAGAAAAAGCCAGAAUCAGCCGCUGCUGCACGAAAGUCUGAGCCCAAUGCAGUCUCUAAAAUGGCUACUACUAAAACAACCGUAUCAAAAGAGGGUGCCCCAAAACAGCCCAAUGGGAAAGUCCAGAUAGUCUCCAAAAAAGCGAACUACAGCCAUGUUCAGUCCAAGUGUGGUUCCAAGGACAAUAUUAAGCAUGUCCCUGGAGGUGGGAAUGUGCAGAUCCAGAACAAGAAGGUUGACCUUUCCAAAGUGUCCUCGAAGUGUGGCUCUAAAGCAAAUAUCAAGCAUAAGCCAGGGGGUGGAGAUGUCAAAAUUGAGAACCAGAAGCUGAACUUCAAGGAGAAGGCCCAAGCCAAAGUGGGUUCCCUGGACAACGUGGGACACUUGCCAGCAGGAGGAACUGUGAAG